AAGACAGACAAAAAAAACAAAUCCCCGAUCCUCGCCAAACCCGAAUCGCCGGCGAUGGAUGGCCGGCGGCGGCGCGGCGGGAGCCCGGACCUUUCCUACGGCGAUUCGGCGGGCAUGGCCCGUAAUCGAUCCGUGAUUCUGCGCACUAUCCACGGCUACUACAAGGAGGCGCUCGACCUGCUGCCGCUGGAGGACAAGCCGGAGCUUACCCCGCGCCUCCUCGCCGCCGGCGUCUGCUUCGGCUUCGCCGACCCGGUCACAAACAUCGUCGCCAACACCAUCUGCUUCCUCCCCGACAACGAUGGCGAGCCUGAGCCCGACGGCGCCACCGGCAACACCCUCUGCUUCCUCCCCGACAACAAUGGUGAGCUCGAGGCCGACGGCGCCAAGAAGCGCAAGCGGGAGAUGAUGACGAAGACGAAGAAGGCAGCGGUGUCCAGGGAGGAGGUUCUCUCCGAGAUCGUCGCCCGCGACGUCCCCUCACGAACCAUUGCAGAGCGAUCGUUGGAGGGGCUGAUCACGUUUCUGACAUCUUACUUCUGCCAUCUCCGCGCCAUGGAUGCGCUGCGCUAUCUGUGCCUGGCCAAGGCCGACCUCCUCGUCGCCGUCCGCCUCAUCGAGCUCGACCGCUGCUACCGCAACAAGGAUGAAUUCUGCAUCAGCUCCCACGCGGCCAAGACUGCUCUGAAAUACGCAGCAUUGUCAGCAAGGCAGCCCAAUGUCGAUGGCUUCCACACCAGCUCAUUGUCGCUAGCAUAUCAUCUCAAAUCAAUAACCCAGACUGUGCUGGCAGAUCGUAGCUGCCAACUCUCUAUUGAAGAAAUUCACAAGUUGUCCAGAGCUCUGAAGAAGCCAUUCAAGCAUAAAAAGGGGGACAGUCCAAUACUUCUUGCUGGUAAACGGUUUGCUAACUGCAACAGCGACGCAACUGAGGAGAAGGUGCCAGCUGGGCUCACAUUAUCACUCCGUGCUGUUCUUAUCGAUAGAAUUCAUGCUCGAUACCUCAAAGCAAUCUCUCGGCUGCCCACGCAAGAUGUUCGGGCUCGUUACCACCGCAGCCUUGUCAAUGCUGGUUACUGCUAUGGUCCAUUAGAUCCUGUGACCAAUAUCAUUAUCAACACCAUCUGGUAUGACACUGCUUUCCCUCCUUCGGAAAAUUUGGAGGUGGACAUGAUCUGCACCACUACCUUUGUACGUGUGGAGUCUCGGUCUCUUAGUGGUCUCAUCAAGCUCCUGCUCACAUGCAUUCCCGAUAUAUCUGAGCACGAGGCUAUGGUUUAUUUGCUAAAGAAUAACAUGAAAGUCAACAAAGCCAUCCAAAUGGCAAGAUCUGAAGGUUGUGAUGUACAUGACUGGGAUAUCAAUACCUACAAGGCUGCAGGGAGGGAAUCGUUUCAUCCGGAACUAGAAGCUUAUGUAGAUUUUGUCAUGCAAUCUCUACCUUUGGUGCAGCCUGCUAUCAAGUCAUUGUUGAAAGUUUCUGACUCACUUUCCUCCAGUGAAGUUCUCCAGCUUGCUAGUUUACUUUCUCCCUCAAAUUGCAACCCUGCUAAACCUUUGCAAGCAACUUUGGAACCAAGCAUUGAGCUAUCGAACGAUGCGUUAGAGAUGUUCGCGAGUUUUAAGGAAAACUUUGUUGGCAAGCAGAGUUUCUUCCGCAAAAAGAUCGAAACUGCAUUGAGGAACGAGGGAUAUUUAUAUGAACUACAUGUGAUAUGCGGAAUAAAUGAGUGUGUUGGCAGCCAGAAGAGCUUUAUUGAUUUUACAUGCCCGUACUCACAUGUAAACUUCUUUGCAAAACCAAAAACUGGCGGUGGUCUUAAGUUAUUUUUCGCUGAGCUCAGUAAUGGCGACGAUGACCAAUCCUUCUGCCGCACUGUAUCAAAUAAGUCAAUACAUGCUCGUUGUUGCUAUUGCGAGUACGAUGGGAUCAGAAUUGUGCAUCCAGAUGAGAACUAUUGUGGUGGUGACAUUGACUUCACAAAAAUGGCUUGUGGAGAGCAUGAGAUCACCAAUGAAAGGAUCAUCGCAGGUGGAAAGCUGGCAAUAGGGCAAAUGAAAGUUGGAGUGACAUCAUGAGGAGAGCCCAAGCCUAGACACUGAGUCAUCGAGACGUCGAGAGGAUAGCCCAUACCUAGACAGUGACAUUGAGAGGAUAGCCCUGACCUAGAAAAAUGUUUCUUGAUUUCCUUUUAUAAUGAAUAUGCCACUUUGGAUUGUAAUUUCGUAUGAAUUGGAUGGUCAUUCAAGAAUCAAGAUACGCUGCAAUGAUAUGGUGAAAAUGAGUUUUGGGAUGUAUGCAGAUGUCUCUUUGUUAA